AUGUCCAGACAACAAUCGAUCAAUUCCAGUCAAACUGCAGCCUCUGCCACAGCUCAAUCCCCUCUUAGCCGAUCCUUUAAGGCUACAGGCGAAGAUGUAUGGAAAAGAACAGAAAAGAUCAAUGCAGAGUUAUUCACAUUAACUUAUGGUGCUAUUGUGUCACAGUUAUGCACGGAUUAUGGUAGAGAUUUUACUAAGAUUAAUGAACAAUUGUUCCAAAUGGGUUACAGUAUUGGUGUCCGUUUAAUAGAGGACUUUCUAGCUAGAACUGCGUUACCUCGUUGCCAAGAUAUGCAAGAGACAAGUGAAGCUCUAAGUAAAUGUGCAUUCAAGGUGUUUCUAAAUAUUACCCCAAGAGUUACAAAUUGGUCUAGUACAAAGGAUACUUUUAGUCUUAUUAUUGAUGAAAAUCCACUGAGUGAUUUUGUUGAACUGCCGAUGGAUGCUAUGGAACAAUUAUGGUAUUCGAACGUUUUAUGUGGUGUACUUAAAGGUGCAUUGGAAAUGGUGCAACUGGAUUGUGAUGUAUUUUUUGUCUCAGAUAUUUUAAGAGGUGAUCAACAGACAGAAUUACGUGUAAAAUUGAAUAAAGUAUUGAAGGACGAAAUCCCAAUCGGUGAAGAUUGA